AUGCUUAAAAGAGAAAAUUGGAAAGAAUUUGGUAAAAUAGUUGUAUCAUUUAGAGAAGAAUUACCAUCAGAAAAAUUCUAUAAAACUUUAGAUGAUUUAAAGGGUUUUAAUGAGUACACUGAAUACUGUAAAUUCUUAACUUCUUUUAAAAAUGAAUCCGCUGUUAGAAAUUAUUGUGCAAGGAUUUUAAAAUAUUUAAGUAGUAAUAAAGAAUUAAGAAGUGAUUCCAAUGUCUAUGAUAUAUGCCAACUUUUAAAUUACUGGUUAGCCAAUAGAUUGAGUAUCAUUGCGGGUUAUAAUGAUCCAAAUAAUUUAUGGAAAAUUUUUGGAUAUAUUACCAAUAUAUGGAACAAUUUUAUUAUGGAUACAUUGAAAAAACCUGAGUCCGAAACAUGUAAUCCUCUUAUGGGAGAAAUUAUUCCUCAUGAUUGGAGAAAGAGGAAGGAACUAUAUGAAUACUAUGUUGAUUAUAAUUACCUUAGUCUUAUGCCUAUAUACAAAAAAGGUGAUGAGGAGUAUUGUACAUUCAUUAGAAACAAAAUUUUAUUAUAUAAUUAUUUUAGGAGUAUUUGUAUAAAGGAUACAACAGAUUUCUGUGAAAAAUUUAAUUCUAAAUAUAUAAGUUGUGACCCAAAUAAUCUCUUGCAUGGAUUUGAAUGUGAAAAAGAAAUAGACGAAAAGGGUUUAUUAGAACGUCGAGAGAGAGAAUUGCAACGAAUUCCAUCACAUAAUAUAACCAUGUCUUUGCAUGAAUCGCAAUCUCCUGGAAUGUCCAUAAGAGGAACACAAACUUCUAGUGUUUUACAACUAAUAUAUAAUAGCUUCAUCCCUUUAAAAAAAGCAAGCGCUGUAGUUCUGGGAAUCAUUGGUAUAUCUACGAUUUAUGGAUUCUUAUAUAAAUUUACACCUGUAAGAAAUUGGAUCCAUAGAAGAUUUGCUAAUAAAAAGGAUACUAGAUGUAAUAUAUAUUCUGAGUUCAAUGCAGCAUUUGAUUAUGCAGAUGAAUUACAUAAUCCCCAUUACAAGCUUAGAGAUGGACAUUAUAUAGGAUAUCACUCAAACUAA